GAAUUAUCACUUCAAUGGCUGCUUGAUUGACGAAGUGGAUGUCAGAAUGUUUAUGAUAGUAGAGAUUUGUCCUAUCAAAAACACAAUAGUAGAGAUUCUCCUUAGUUGCCUCCCGCUGCUUUUGCCCCUCUCUGUGAGUGCAGUGUGGUACCUAGACUUCAUGUUGUCAGUGCCUUUUGUGUUGAAAUUCCAAAUUCUUGUAGCUGCUCUGUCUCCAAUGGUGUAAUUUGAUGAACCCUCAACCAUCCAUUUCCCGGUCAUGUGAGUGAUCACAUCACUUGCCCUUUCUAUUACACAGUUAUCUCAUAUCUGUUUCACUGGGGGAUAGUGUAACACUUGGUACAUUUCUUCCUUCCAGCAAAUUAGACCUAGUCUAGGAGGAUCUUGAACCUUUCUUAGCAUCUAUGAAGUAUUGAUUUGGGUUGAUUGGUGGGUGAGAUUGUUGGUUUUGUAUAUAUAGCACUUGUGAAGGCUUUCAAAAAGGUGUCAUGGUCAUAGGAAGGUUUGUAGGAUUUUUGUGAAAGCAUAUCGUAGUUUUGCAGGGUAAAUGGCAAGGUUUGUGAUAUGGCUGAGUGAUUGGUCGAGUUGGACUAGGAUAGGGGGCAGACAGGUGGUAUAUUGUUUGGAUAAAAUUGGUCGAGAUGAGUCGGAGGGGGUUUGCUGCAUACUUAUUAGGCCGCAUCCUGCAAUUUGGCGUCUAGUGCAUGGAAUGGCUGUUAUUUAUCUUGUCGCUCUGACAUUCUUGCUUUUCCAGAAGCGUGAUGAUGCUCGACAGUUCAUGAAAUAUCUUCAUCGUGAUCUUGGUGUUGAACUUCCAGAAAGAUCUUAUGGUGCUGAUUGCCGAAUUUAUGUGCCUGAAAAUCCCACAUGCAGGUUUAAGAAUGUUUAUGAAACACUUUUUGAUGAAUUUGUUCCAGCUCAUAUCUUUGGUUGGUGGGGAAAGGCCAUAAUGAUUCGUAAUCAGCCACUUUUGUGGGUACUGUCAAUUGGGUUUGAGUUAAUGGAGCUUACCUUCAGGCACAUGUUACCUAACUUUAAUGAGUGCUGGUGGGACAGCAUUAUUCUUGAUAUAUUGAUCUGCAAUUGGUUUGGUAUAUGGGCUGGAAUGCAUACUGUCCGGUACUUUGAUGGUAGGACAUACGAGUGGGUUGGUAUAAGCCGUCAGCCGAAUAUUAUAGGCAAAGUCAAACGAACACUGGGUCAGUUUACACCGGCACAGUGGGACAAAGAUGAGUGGCACCCCCUUCUUGGUCCAUGGCGUUUCAUUCAAGUUCUCUAUCUUUGCAUUGCAUUCCUGACUGUGGAGCUGAACACAUUCUUUCUUAAGUUUUGUCUUUGGAUUCCUCCUCGAAACCCCCUGGUUGCGUAUAGGUUGGUUUUAUGGUGGCUAAUUGCAAUACCAACCAUUCGCGAGUACAAUUCUUACCUACAGGACAGGUACUCUCUCUCCUCACAAACACACGCCCGAGCAUGCAUGCGUGUGCAAAUAAGAUGAGGUUCUUUAGAAUUUUAGAAGCAUGACCUAUGAUUAGCUUCUCUUUUUCUUACAUGUUAUUUAUUACUGCAAUGACUUUCAGAAAACCGGUGAAAAAAGUAGGAGCAUUUUGUUGGCUAUCCCUCGCCAUUUGCAUUGUCGAGCUCUUGCUUUGUAUCAAGUUUGGACAUGGGUUAUUCCCCAAUCCGAUGCCUACGUGGUUGGUAAUUUUCUGGACGUCAGUCGGGAUUGGCCUUGUGAUUUUCUUGGCUGUGUGGUCAUGGCAAUUGCAUCGAACUUUGGGCAAAAAGCAGCAGUGAUUUUAUCUUUGUGGUUUCAUCAUUCUGUUAUUCUUGCAACAAAGCAGUUUGGAGUGGGCUUCACUUUGUAGUAUGGUUGGACAUUCAGGCAAUUAUGAGGGGAAUACAACGAUGAGGUAAAAGCAUUAGGGCUAGAUUGGAUUAUUGACAAUUGUUACAGCAGAAAAUUAAAUAUCAAAAUCUUUGUCUUCAUUCUUACCUGCUCUGAUAUUCUCUUGAUUUGUUCGGCUCUUGGAUUAGUCUUUAUGCAUUUACAGAAUUGCAUGCAAAUUACGGGUAUAAGGCGGCCCUCCUUAGAAUUGUCUUCCUUAUUAUUAUUGUUUUGAAUUACUUCACUCUGCCGCAAGACCUGUUCUACUGUAGAGCUAGGUUGAUCUUAUGUUGGAAGCUUUAUUGUAUCUAUGGCCCAUUUUUUACACAUGAUGUAUUUGGCUGUAUGCAUAAAAGGUCUUUUUGAAUAUCUAUUGUUGUAGGUACUGGCAAAGGGUUAAUUGUAAGGUCUUUCAUACAUGACUUUAGAGUAAGGACAACUUGAAAAUAAGUUGACAAAAUUAGUAGUGGAAAUAGAGUUGUGAUAGAGUUUUUUGAGAUAUCUUCCUCU